AUGGUCAGCUGGAACGUCGUCCUCCUGGUCGUCUGUGGCCUGCCCGCCACCGUGCUCGGCUGUGACUGGCUGCAACGCUAUGGACGCCUGAACAAUGACUCUCUGACUCUCCUCAAGCGCAUGGGUAAAAACAUAACCAACAGGGAGCCUCCGGUUCAUUUUCCCUACCCCCUGUACCAACACAUCAGACAUGCUAAGGACGAGAUUCAGCUGGUUUUCAUCAGAGAAACUCUGGAGCUGAUUUUAGAUCUAUAUCACCAUGACAACCUCUCCUCCGCUGGCUGGGAUGCGGUGAUGAGCGAACACUUCCAGAUCAGCAUCCACCGGCAGAUCGAGGAGCUUGGCCGCUGUGUGGAGACAAAGCACAGCACGAACCGAAAACUGAGGAGGUACUUCGGCAAACUGAAGAGAAGGACGCUGGGCAGCUCAGGGGGCAGCAAGGAAUCCUGGGAGCUCCUGUGGAAGCAGACCAAAGAGCACCUCUGUCAGCUGGAGCUGCUGGUGAACCACAUGACGUAG